UCCUCAUUCCUUCCGCCUUCGAAAAAACCUCUGACUCUUUAUCUCUCUCACCUUUUCUCCCGGUGUGAUUUCCGGCUAUUCUUCGAUUUCCUCUCAGACCUGUUUUCUAUCUAUCCUCUCCGUCGAAAAAAGCGACCAUGUCGUGGAUGAAAGGAGACUUGCUUUCCAAGACCAGGAAGCUUGUUGGUGGCUUGGUUACACGAGAGCCUGUAUGGCUCAAAGCCAUGGAAGCUUCACCUCCUCCAGUGUUUCCUCGAUCUGAAGGCAAAAUCAAGAAGAUUGUUCUUCCAGAGGAUAUGUAUGUGCGGAAAUUCUACAACAAGUAUCCUGAAUCAAAAUAUGAAGGCCCCGUCAAGAUCGUGUCAUGUAAUCCAGAUCCAGAGCGUGUAUUUGGCAUGCGGGUCCUUGAACUGAAGGAACAUGGCAUUAGCGAGGAAGAAGCCAUGGCUGUGGCUGAUAUGGAAUACCGGUCGGAGAAGAGGGCGAAGAAGAAGGCGUACAAACGGAUGAAGGAACUUGCGAGAAUGCAAGGGAAGAAACCUCCACCUAAGCCGUAUCCGACCGCCGUGAAAGAAGCUCCAGAUAGGAGACAUGCGAAGGAACGUUUCCAAAUUCCAAAUGUUCGGAAGCUAGUCAAUCAGUUGCGGCAGCAGAAAGAGCUGUUGUUGCAGGACGGAACUGGAGGAGGAGCUGUUGGUAAGAGCAAUUGGAUUAACGAAUAAAAUCCUGAUUCGAUCGGUCGGGCCAUUUCUUUUGUUAGAACAAUGUUGUUCGUAUAUGUUUAGACAUUCUUCCAUUUUCUUUCCUUCACUUUGUUGAAUAAGGUGAUAAGAUCAACAUCAACAGAACAACAGAUGCUUCCGUUUGCCUUUUUGCCUUGUUUGUUCUGUUGAGUUUCUGGUUUCCGGUUUACUCUGUGAUUGAUUUC